AUGCCCGGCAAGCUCCGCGACAACGUCUCCCGCAUCAAGGAGCCCUCGCCCCUUGGAAAAUCCCUCUUCGUGGGCCUCCGCGCAGCAGACGUCUUCUGGCAAUACAAUCUUCUUACACGAGGAUGGGGUCUCCGUUUAAUCGAGAAACUAGGCGGCCAGUCCGUGUCACCUUUACACGUCUUCAACCCACUAUCCGUCACCGGCCUACAGCCUUACUAUGGACUAGUUAGUCUGUUAUCCAUUGGUAGCAGCGUGAAGCAAAUCAUCCAUAUUAUUUUUGUCUCUGAGCAAACGAUGAGCCUUGGGUCUGGGGUUGCUAUUCCAGCUUUCAAUACUGUAUUUAAUACUUUGAAUACCCUGCUUUCGCUGUGGGCAGUCACUUCGCCUGUCUCUUCUGUUCCAGAAUUAGGAACUCUGCUCGACACUUUCUCUUCUUCUCCUUUGGUUGCAGUCGGACUGGGUGCCUACGCUAUCGGUCUGUUGGUCGAAGCUGUGUCCGAGUUUCAGCGGAAGUCAUUCAAGCAGGAUCCCAGGAAUCAAGGGAAACCGUACGGCGGGGGAUUGUUCUCGCUAGCGACGAACAUCAAUUACGGAGGCUACACUGUUUGGAGAGCUGGGUAUGCGAUGGUCUGUGGGGGUUUUGCAUGGGCAGCAACGACUUUUGGGUUCUUCUUCUAUGACUUUGCGUCCCGCGGGGUUCCGGUUUUGGAAGAGUAUAUGACGCAAAGAUACGGCGAUGCGUACAAGCAAAUCAAAUCUCGCGUUCGGUAUUCGUUGAUUCCGGGGAUCUGGUAG